CAUAAAAUCCCCUUCCACACCGCGUAGACCAAAACCUUCUUAGCUGUAUCAUCUUCCCAGUGAAGUAGAACUCAUUGAUAAUUCUCCCUUUAUUUAUCAACAACAAAGCAACCACCGGUCCAACCCAACCCAAAAUACUAUUACUGCUACUCCUCUCUCUUCCUCAGAACUUCACCCAGACACAGAGAGAGAGAGAUGAACAGUUUUGAACCUGAAAGACAUGACUCCUUGAAAAGGAGAUGGCAAGACAAAAGAUUAACCAACAUCAACACCUCCUCCAGAUUUGUUGCUUCUCCAGCCCCACCUCACUCUUCUUCUGCUCCCUUAACCUUGACGCCUAACCCUAGUUAUAACAGGCGUUUCCCUUGUCUCGACGAUGAUUAUCUUGUCUCCACCGUCGUGCCCCCAGUGACUGUGGUGCUUGAAGGCCGUUCCAUCUGUCAGCGCAUCAGUCUCCAUAAGCAUGCAAGCUACCAUAGCCUUGCAAAGGCUCUCAGGCAAAUGUUCGUGGACGGAAACGACAAUGAAAUCACCUCCGAGAAUGACCUUGAUCUUUCCAAUGCUGUUCCUGGUCACCUCAUUGCCUAUGAAGAUAUGGAAAACGAUCUUCUUCUCGCUGGAGAUCUUAACUGGAAGGAUUUUGUACGCGUAGCUAAGAGAAUUCGGAUACUGCCAGCGAAGGGGAAUUCAAGGAAAGAAUGAACAGGGGCAGUGUUGGGUUUUGGCAUCCUGCUUUAUUUCUCUUUGUGAUGAUCGUGGAUGAACUUAUAUAUAUAUAUCUGAAAAUAUAAAGAAAAUCAAGAAGCAAAUUAAAGCUCAUUUUGCAGUGGGAUUUUGA